GUCACAUGACCCACAGCUCAUUCCAGAGCUCAGGAUAGAAGGCACGCUCUCAUUUAUUAUUACACCACUGCUGCAUAGCGGACAAUCCAGGAGCUCCGGGAAGGUUGCUUGGAUCUCGUCGAGUAAAACAAGGACUUUAUCCGUUGAAAUGCCAGAGGAAACGGUGAUUCAGCAGCAGGCCGUGCCGAGCCCGGUGGCGCAGCAGAAACCAGGACGAGGUCCCGUCGCCUGCCAGAACUGCGGAAAGCCUUGCAAAGGGGAGGCCCUGCGAGUCCAAAAUAAACAUUUCCACAUCAAGUGCUUCGUGUGUAAAGUAUGUGGAUGCGAACUGGCCAACGGAGGCUUCUUCGUGCGACAGGGCGAGUACUUGUGUACUCUGGACUACCAGCGUCUGCACGGGACUCGCUGCUUCAGCUGCCAGGACUUCAUCGAAGGAGAGGUGGUCUCCGCCCUGGGCAAGAUCUACCACCCGCACUGCUUCGUCUGUGCCUCCUGCAAGCAGCCAUUUCCAGCUGGCGACCGAGUGACUUUCAAUGGGAAGGAGUGUAUCUGCCAGAACUGUACCCAGCCUCUUCCCGCCAACAGCCCCGCGCCCAUCCAGGCUGUCCACAACUGCUGCGGCUGCGGGAAGGAGUUUAAGAACGAGCAGUCCCUCGCAGCCCUGGACAAGCACUGGCACCUCGGCUGCUUCAAGUGCAAAGUGUGCAACAAGGUCCUCAAUGCCGAGUACAUUAGCAAGGACGGGAUCCCCUUCUGUGAGAUGGACUACCACGCCAUGUUCGGCAUCCAGUGCGAGAGCUGCAAGAAGUACAUCACUGGAAAAGUCUUGGAGGCCGGAGAGAAGCACUAUCAUCCAUCGUGUGCCCGCUGUGCCCGUUGUGAGCAGAUGUUUGCGGAAGGAGAAGAGAUGUACCUCCAAGGUUCUUCCAUCUGGCAUCCGCCUUGCAGACAAGCCGCCAAGCAGGAGGAGAAGAGUAAGGUGACUCGGACUUCGUCUGAGAGCGUCACGUCCGUCCCGGCGUCCAGUGCCUCAGGCUCUCCCAACAGAGUCAUUUUCGCCAAGCUCGGAGAAGAGUUGCUGGACUACAAGGACCUGGCGGCCCUUCCCAAGACCAAGGCCAUCUACAACAUAGACCGGCCGGACAUGCUGUCAUACUCGCCCUACGUCAGCAACCCGUCCGAAGAGAGGCACUAUGGCGAGGUAGACGAGCCUUUGUUGGGGUCCACGGUCUCGCAAAAAGUUGAUUCUGGCUUCCUCCCGGCCUUGCGCGUCCAGGGCGACGGGGAGAAGUCACCCUGUCAGCGAAGGCCCUCCAGCCCCAGUUCCAACAGCUCCGCGGGGGGCUACGGACGGUACACUCCGUCCCGUUCCCCCCAGAACAACAGCCGACCAGGGGCGUCGUCACACCUCAACCCGACCACCUUGUCCGUGCUGCAGCGGCACAACUUCAUCCCUUACUUCCGAGGUAGCGAAAGCGGCCGCAGUACCCCCAGCUUGUCCGCCUUCUCCGACGGCAAAUCCCCGUCGUCCACCUCGACGUACGUGGCUGCCCCUCGCCAUUUCCACAUCCCAGAGACUGAGGUCAAAGAUAAUAUCUAUAGAAAACGCCCCAUCUACAAACAGCAUGCUUCCAGAACGUCCUGGCAGGAUGGCGACGAUAGCAAGAGGAGCAGUUGGGCGACGCUGAAGAGUGACGUCGACGGACCGAUGGGCCCCGAAGACCACCGGCCGUCCGAGUCGACCUGCAGUUUGCCCGUGAAUACCUCUCGGCCAAAUUUUCCUCAUCACAAAUCUGCAUCCUUACCUGGUUACGGAAGGAACGGCAUCUACAAGGCUGCUGAGAUGGUUGAGGAUGAAAUCGAUCCAGACUCCCGAAGCUGGGGAGGCACGAGAGAGUACAAGGUGUACCCUUACGAAAUGCUGGCGGUCACAAAUCGAGUAAAAGUGAAACUUCCCAGAGACGUCGAUCGCACCCGACUGGAGAGGCAUCUCUCGCCCGACGACUUCCGGAAGGUGUUCGGAAUGACUCUGGAUCACUUCGACCGUCUGGCCCUCUGGAAAAGAAAUGACCUGAAGAAGAGGGCUCGGCUUUUUUAGAACGGAGCCGAUCGGCGAUCGGCGCCCCGCCCUGGCCCCGCCCCCCUGGCUCAAAGCUUUCCGUGUGCAAUACAAGUGGGAAUGUCGGACCGGCAACUUUACGGAUCAGCUGCGGUACCGUUUGCAUGCCCCGUGCUUGUAGCGCCACCCGCGGUCAAACGCGCAGAACUUUGCGUUUUCGCGAUCAUUUAGCCCGAAAAGCCUUGAUUCCCGUCAAACGCCGUGGAAGUCUCCCACUUUUCUGCAUCCAAAUUUGCUAUUUUUUCCUGAUUAAUUCCCGUGGAAUUUAUUUAUUUUUUUUUUGUCCGCACGUUACCAAUUUUUCCUCAUUUUCACUUUUUUGUCCCUCCAUAAUAUUAGGGCUUUUUCCUCGUAAUAUUGUAACUUUAUUAUCGUACUAACAGGACUUUGUUCUUGUAAGUUUCGGACUUUCUCAUCAUAUGAUUUUAUUACCAUAACAUUCUGACUUUUUUCUUCUUGUUAUACGACAACUUUAUUCUUGUACCAUUUUCUUCUCAGAACAUAACGACUUUUCCUCAGAAUAUUAGUUUCCGACUUGUUCUUGCAAUUUUCGUACUUUUUUCUCGUAAUGUUCCGGCUUUCGUUCUGUACGUUUCCAAACUUUCGUUCACUGACUAAAAUGCCGUCGUCUCUUCAUUGACGUCAACAAAGCUUCCUUCACUUUUCAGUGUGGCUCUUUUUUUUUUUUUUUUUUUUUUUCCCCCCCCCCUUUUUUUUCCUUCACAUUUUUUCCCGUGAUUGGCUGCAAAAUUCUCGUGAGAACAUCCGACGUCCUGUUUUCUUGCGUUUUUCCAUUCGCCGUCUCAUUUGUUUCGAUACACGUACAUACUGUAUCUUUUUUUCUCGAUCCCGCAAUGAGUGACCGUUGAGGCCGUGAAUCCAAAACUCUAACUUUAUAUAUGAUAUGGUUUGGGCUCUCUUUCUUCCUCUUCAUCUGCUUUGUUUGUUGCUUGAAAGAAUCACGGCGUGCUGCAAAACUAAAACACAUGAUGUAUGUUCGGAUCUACUACUGAGUACGUCUCCCUAUAUGCUGUAUUGGAUACAUUUCUCUAUACAAGCCAUUGCAUGCUAAUGAUUCUUUUCUGUUGAAAUGAUAUGAUAUUAAACAAAGAUUGCGCUGCUCGCCGUAACUUAUUUAUGAUAUGCAGGAAGGGAUGUUUCUAUUGAAUUUUAAUUUUUUAGAAGCUGGAUACAUAUCAAGUUUAUUUUGCGCCUUGUAUGUAAUACACUGUUUCCUGUUUCUAAUAUUCCUGCGCCAUUAAAGUGCUUUAUCCAACCGCA